AAACAAAUGGAAAAAAUUUUGUAAAGAAAAAAAAUAAAGUUUUAUUAAAAAGUCUUUUGGCUUACGUUUUAGUAAUUCUUUAGUAUCAAAAUUCUAAAUUACAAAAUUAUAUCACGAAGCUUAGCGGAUGUCUUCUUGUCAGAAUGUCUUCUGAAAGUAGACAGAAUACUUUGUUGAACAAAAGCAGCAAACCCAAACAGGAUAAAGCAACCAGUAACGUAAGCCUUUCUAAGGACUGCAACAAAACCACCAGUUCUAGGUUAACUAUGGCUGAAAUUAACGCACUCAUUGCGGAAAAUAUGCGAAAUGUGAAAAAGCAACUUGACAUAUUGGAGAUCGGCUUGCAUGAGCUGAAGUAUGGGAAAUGCACCAAGUCGCUAAAAAAGAUGCCAGAAGAGCCGGCUCAAGUUCAAAAGCUGACUGCUCAAUUGUCUGCAAUGGAUCAAAUUAAUGAAGCCAUUGAACAUAACAAACCUAUUGAACUUUCUCUUGCCAUGCAAAUGUUUGAAGAAUGUAACUCACCUGAAGAAAAUUUAGAUUUAAGAACUAGAUUAAGUCUUUUAAAAAAACAUAUAACCGAGCAGAGAGAGAAACACUGACUUACAAUAUUCAAUCGUUGAGUGAGACUAGUCUGUUAGGUUUUGCCAUGGAAGUGUCUAAUGUAUGAGACUAACUAUCUGUUGCCGAGAAAGCGAUAACAACGUGACAUAAUAAAAUGUUUGAAACUCCUUUGUUUAGGAACGAAAUUAAUUAAAAUUAAGCCGAUGUAUAAAUAAAUUUUGAGUACUAUUUUGAAAACCAGAUCAAUCACUUUUGGAGGGUUAUAAAAUUAAAAUAU